AUGAUAGCAGAAACACCGACUCUUGUAUUUUCCAGUGGGAAGCUUUGCGUAACUGGUCUUCGAUCUCUGCACAAUGUCCAUUUGGCCUGUAAGAAGUUUCAUUACAUCAUCGAACGCGUUGGAUUCCAGCCCACACCAAAUUGUGAGAUGAAAGUGCAAAAUAUUGUAGGUACUGUUGAUGUGGGCUUUCCAAUUAGAUUGGAGGGUUUAGUGUACGCGCACUCAGCAUUUGCUAGCUACGAACCGGAGCUAUUCCCAGGCUUGAUAUACCGUCUGCUCAAUCCAAGGGUAGUCUUUCUUAUUUUCGUAUCUGGGAAGCUUGUCAUCACCGGUGCAAAGAAGGAGUCCGACCUUUCAGUUGCGCUCACAAAGUUGUUCCCUGUUUUGGUUGAGUUCAAAAAAGAACAUGUGGCAAGCUUCAAUGCAAAUGAAUCAACUGGUCAACCUCCGAUCUCAGGCACUAUUUCGUCACAGAAAAUGGAAGUCUGA